CUUGCGCGUGCCACAGAUUCGUAUACGAGUUGGUGAGUACGACUUCUCCAGCGUUCUCGAGCCAUUUCCGUUUGUUGAACGAAGAGCAAAGAAAAAAGUUGUACACCCCAAGUAUAACUUCUUUACGUACGAGAAUGACUUAGCCCUGGUGAAGCUCAACGAACCGGUGGAAUUUAAGCCUCAUAUCGCACCCAUCUGCCUGCCUGAUGAUAAUGAUAACCUGGUGGGGCAUAACGCCACCAUUACUGGCUGGGGGCGUCUUAGUGAAGGUGGCGUUUUACCCUCCAUGAUGCAAGAGCUCCAAAUGCCUAUAGUUAGUAACCAGAAUUGUACGAAUAUGUUUUUAGCCGCUGGAAGACGCGAGUACAUCCCAGACAUUUUCAUGUGCGCAGGAUUUGAAGACGGGGGUAAAGAUUCUUGCCAGGGUGAUUCUGGAGGACCAAUACAGGUCCAAAGAGAAGACGGCAGAUGGUUUCUGGCGGGGAUUAUCUCCUGGGGAAUUGGCUGUGGGGAACCUAACCUUCCAGGUGUUUCCACUCGUAUCUCAAAGUUCAAAGACUGGAUCUUAGAAAAUAUAAGAAAAUGAUUGGAGAUUUCCCUGUUCGAUCGGUGUAUUUUAUCCACGAUUCUUAAAUGAACAUUCACAUCAAAGACGAGUUACAGAGAACAUUCUAGACUAAAAAAAACGAAUAAAACCGUGAUGAUGAAAAUAUUUCAUAAAAAUGACAUUUGAGUGAAAGGUGUUUAGAAUCACACUGACUCACUCAGCGGUUCUCUUACUCAUACAAAUGAUGUUUAACUGUUGCACAUUUAGUGAUCAUGAUUUAAGAAAUACUUUCAGUGUAGUGUACACUGCUUAUUCUGUAAUGUCCCUAGUGAAAUAAAAUAUUAAACUUGUAAUUUCAACUGUAUUACUCAACAAUGUCUUUAGUGAAAUAAAAUAUAAUUAUUGUGAAUUGAACUUGUAAUUUCAACUGUAUUACUCAACAAUGUCUUUAGUGAAAUAAAAUAUAAUUAUUGUGAAUUGAACUUGUAAUUUCAACUGUGGCAUUGCCUUAUAAUUUGCAUUGUUUCAUUUAAGAAAAGUUUUGUAAAAUAAGGAACUUACAAUUAUUGUGAAUCUGACUUGAACUAGAAUUAUCCUUUAGAUUUUCUAACCUAUCAAUGCACGAGCGUUGUGUGUCUAUUAGUUUGUC